AACAAGCCUCUUGCAGGUGGAGAACAGUUGUUCAAAAGUGCAUGGGAUGUUACGGCUGUCAAGCCUCUCUGGGUAUCACCAUUUCUCGCCACCAUGAUCAACACAUACCAGACCAGCCUGCCUCCACCACCGGUCCCUCCGCGCCAUAGGUCAGACCCAGUGCUCCUACCUGCUCCGGGCCCUUCAAAUGGCAACGGCAUGCCUCUCCUCAGGUUUCUGGUAGUGGUUGUGACAGUCCAUAUGCUGCUGUCACUCGGAGGAUUCGUCUAUCUGUACCACAGUGACAAAAGGGGCAAAAUUGCCCCAGCUGAAGCACAAGCUGAACUUCUCUUAUCAAAAGAAACUUCGCACAUCGCCAUGGCACGCAUGGUAGUCAAGCCGUUGUCACACACCUCAGAAAAGCUAGCAUUGGGCUAUCUGCAAUGGAACAUUGACCACUCCGUUAGAAGCAACAUCAACUACUACCGUGGCAGCUGGUUGACGGUGCUAGAGCCAGGCAACUACUAUGUCUACGCAAGGGUCACCUUCUCCAAACAAAACAAGGGGCCACUGGCCAGCUGGGUCAAGUUGAGGCAAAGUGAGACAGGGGAGGAGAAGAAUGUGAUGAAGGCUUACUGUGACCUGGGCAGCCACAGCAUCGGCCUGUGCACAGCCACCCAGGGAGAGGUGAUGACGCUCAAGGCAGGAAACCAGCUCAGCGUCUGGGUACAAGACCUGUCAUUGGUGGACUAUGAGGAAGGGGCCACGACUUUCGGAAUGUACAAGCUGUAGGGACAAUUUUAAAGAUAUCUCAUGGAUGGACAUAACUCUACAUGAUGGGACUUGACGCCACGGAGGAAAUUUUGAUGAAGGGACAAAGGACGUGGGUGAAAUGGAAUCGGGUCAAAUUAUCGGUUGAAUGGUUUUGGAUCUCUCAGAGAGAAGACUGCAUUGUUGAACAGUAAUUUAUUUCUUAAGCAUAAUUUCUCUCUGCUGUCAUCUCUCUGGACUUUGAUGGAUUGUAUUUAUUGACAUAUA